GGCGCCCAUGAGCCUCAACGAGCACUCCAUGCAGGCGCUGUCCUGGCGGAAGCUCUACCUCAGCCGCGCCAAGCUGAAAGCCUCCAGCCGCACCUCCGCGCUGCUCUCCGGCUUCGCCAUGGUGGCCAUGGUGGAAGUCCAGCUGGAUGCCGACCACGACUACCCACAAGGGCUCCUGAUCGCCUUCAGCGCCUGCACGACGGUGCUGGUGGCCGUCCACCUCUUCGCCCUCAUGGUCAGCACCUGCAUCCUCCCCAACAUCGAGGCCGUCAGCAACGUGCACAACCUGAACUCGGUCAAGGAGUCACCCCACGAGCGCAUGCACCGGCACAUCGAGCUGGCCUGGGCCUUCUCCACAGUCAUCGGGACCCUGCUCUUCCUGGCCGAGGUGGUCCUCCUCUGCUGGGUCAAGUUCCUCCCACUGAAGAAGAAGUCCACCGGCGACGCCGCUGAUGCCAACAACUCCAGCAUCACCCCCGGGGAGGCGGCCGCCAUCGCCUCCACCUCCAUCAUGGUGCCCUUCGGGCUGAUCUUCAUCGUGUUCGCGGUCCACUUCUACAGGUCCCUGGUCAGCCACAAGACAGAUCGGCAGUUCCAGGAACUGAACGAACUGGCCGAAUUCGCCCGGCUUCAGGAUCAGCUGGACCACAGAGGCGACGCCCUCCCGCCCCCCGGCAGCCAUUUUGCAUAA